AAUGAGCCUCGUUUGCCGUGACCAAAUCUAACGAAUCUAAGCGGCUUAAGCCUGGGGUUUAUGGCAUUAGGGAAAAGAAGGCAACACAACAAGCGAGGCUGCGGUCGUGCAACAACGACAACAACGGGGACGAUGUUCCGGAAGCAAAGGAACGUCCAGAAGAACCUCAACGUUCCUCCAUCUUCCGGAUCAUCCCACCGUCUAAAUGGCCCAAGGAGACCCGUGGAAGCGACCAUAUUGGGGUUGCCUCUAAGAAGCAGAACGGUUGACCACAACCUGGUCCAGACCAACCUCUCUUUUCUGGAUUGGCCUUCCCAAGAGAAGCAAACCAACCUCAAUUCCAAAUUGAAGAGGUUCGGACUGGGAAACGGGGCGGACACUGACAGCCCUGAGGUUGACCGGAAGAGGAACCAUCCACAGAAACUGUUUCGGCCAAGCCAUGAUGUUCCACCUUCAGAGAACGGAAUGGGGAGCAAGGAAAAGGAGGCCUCAAGACGGGUUCUAGGUCGUUUCUCCAAACAAAGACCACACGGAGGUGUCUCCUCCUCCUCCAGAUGGGUGGAGACACCAUCUCAGAGUUCCCUCCAUCGCCAUCCUUCCUCUCCAAGUCUGGAUAAUAGCGCCGAUCCGUCUUCUCUAGGGACAACCCUCCUCUCGGAACACCUGAAGAGAUCGGGUCUGGGAGAGAAUCGUCCUUCUCCAACGUUCCAGGCUGUCCCAAGGUCUUCAGACGUUGCCAGCUUCCCCGAGCGUAUCAAGACCUCCAAAUUGGUGGAGAACCGUCCUUCUCCGACACUCCAAAAUAUCUUGAGGUCUUCAGACCUGGGCUAUUCCACCCAACGUCUCCAAGAGCAUCUGAAGACCUCAGAUUUAGUGGAGAACCCCCCUUCUUCUCCAACGUUCCAAGCCUACUUAAGGUCUUCAGAUCUCAGCAACUCCGUCCAACAUCUCCAAGAGCAUCUGAAGACCUCCAACUUAGCGGAGAACCAUCCUUCUUCUUCAAGGUUCCAAUCCAACCUAAGGUCUUCGGAUGUUGACAGCUCCACCCAGCAUCUCCAAGAGCAUGUCAAGAUCUCCAAAUUGGUGGAGAACUGUCCUUCUUCUUCAUGGUUCCAGGACAUCCUAAGGUCUUCAGACAUUGACAGCUCUAUCCAACGUCUCCAAGACCAUUUAAAGACAUCCAACUUAGUAGAGAACCAUCCUUCUUCUCCAACAUUCCAGGCCAACUUAAGAUCUUCAGAUCUCAGCAACUCCAUCCAACAUCUACAAGACUCUCUGAAGACGUCCGACUUAGUGGAGACCUGUCCUUCUUCAAGGUUCCAGGACAUCCUAAAGUCCUCAGACAUUGACAGCUCAACCCAGCAUCUCCAAAAGCAUGUCAAUACCUCCAAAUUGGUGGAGAACCAUCCUUCUUCUCCAACACUCGAGGACAUUUUGAGGUCAUCAGAUCUCUGCAAUUCCAUCCAACAUGUCCAAAACCAUCUGAAGACGUCCGACAUAGUGGAGAACCGUCCUUCUUCAUCGUUCCAGGCCAACUCAAGGUCUUCAGAUCUCAGCAACUCCAUCCAACAUCUCCAAGACGAAGCCGGGAUGGGGGCCUUGGGGUCAUUCCCGUCGGAACCCAAAUACUCCUCUCUGCCUCGGCCCUCGUGGGUCAGUCCCCCGGGUUCUACCACCACCCCGCUGAGUAUUAUGGAGCGCCUCAUGGCCGAGCAGAAUUGGGAUGCCUCCUUUGGUAGAGAGUUUGGAGACAGUGAGCCCCUUCGUCGCCCCUCUAUCAUGGAGACCAUAGAACACAGCUGGCCAGCAGUCAACAUACAGGGCAACAUUGGCUCAAGCUCAACACUGCUUCCAAGCAAAGAUGCUUCCUUUUCAUACCUUUUCAGAUCUCAUUGGGGUGGUCAGUGGAAUCUGGAUCCAGAGGAACCUCCUUCUGGGGCAUCCCAUCACAUUGACAUGGUUCAACCUGACCUUUCUUUGGUUGACCAUGGUCGGCCAAAGACUGAUAGCCACCAGAAAAGAUAUGGCUUGAAAGAACCUUCUUCUGAAGCAUCCCAUCGCAUUGACUUGGGUCAACAGGACUUUCCUUUGGUCAGUCGUGGUUGGCCAAAGACUGAUAGCCACCAGAAGAGAUAUGGCUUGGAAGAACCUUCUUCUGGAGCAUGCCAUCAUGUUGACUUAGGUCAACAGGACCUUUCCUCAAUCAGCAGUAGUUGGCCAAAGACUGAUAGUCACCAGAAGAGAUAUGGCUUGGAAGGCCCUUCUUCUGGACCAUCCCAUCACAUUAACUUGGGUCAACAUGACCUUCCCUUGGUCAACCGUAGUUGGCCAAAGACUGAUGGCCACCAGACAAGAUAUGGCUUGGAAGAACCUUCUUCUGAAGCCUCCCAACAUGUUGACGUGGGCCAACAGGAUCUUCUCUCCAGGUCUAACAUGGACAGGGAAGGACAUUUGACUGUCCAGUCUUCUGGAGCUCCUGGUGGCCAAGACUCUAACCUAUGUGAACCAGGAGAGAGCGUCGGAACCUCGUUUUCUGCAAACUUUGUAGACAACCAGAGCUUGUUUUCGCCCCAUUGGAAACUCAGAGCAUUUGCAGGAGCCAAGAAAGGAGAAGGCUCUCUGGCUACUAACGUUGCAUCGGGGAGUUCCAGUGGCUCCUCACAUGUUCCUCAUGAUAGUAGUUGGCCCAGUGUUAAAAGCAUGAAAGAGAGGAUGGAGCAUCCCUACGGCGAAAGGAGAGAUUAUUCUCGGCGAGGCGUCCCUCGGGAGGAGGACCUGGAAAGCGAUAAUGGAUCAACGGAGAAGAGGAGAAACAGGCCUCCGUUGGGGAAAUCUUUCCUGGCUUGGCAUGACCACGCUUUUGAGAAGAAGGCCGCCGCCGCCCAGGCUUUGUACGAGCGCCACUUGAAACGCAAAGGCUUGGCCGCCUUGCAGUGGGCCGUCCAGCUGAGGAACGUCCAAGCGGACAUUGCGCAGAGGAGUCACGCUUUGACCAUUAUGGCCGCCAGCUUCCGCCGGGAUAUUUCUUGCUGCCAGUGGCAGGAUGCUGCGGCCAAAGAGCGCCAGGCGGGGACGUCCAAGCGUGGCCGAAGUCAGAGGUCACUUCAGGAGAGAGAACCAAUCGAACGGCAUCCUUUCCUCUCCCAGUUAUCUCCGGAGCACCGGGACGAAGCGGCUCGUUACAGCAGGGCGGAAGGAAGCCUAUGGAUGCAGCUCCGUCAUGUGCCGGAAACAGACAACUUGUGCCGGAAAACCGAAGCAUUGCGGGACAUGAGACGGCUGGCUGCAGCUUUUAGAUUGUGGCGCCUUCAGAAGGACCGCCUCGAAAAGGAAGAGGCCCAGGUUCAAGAGGCGCGGACUUUUCUGGAGAAGAAGAAGCUGGUGGAGGCCUUCCAGGCGUGGCGGUCCCGUUUCGGGGAAAGCCAAGAAACCCGUCUGCUUUCAGCCAGGAUCCAGAGAGGACUGAUCAGCCGGUGUGAUGGCCUCCCUUUCUUUGUCUCCUCCAUCCCAAGGUGCUUCGAAGCUUGGAAAGGCUUUGCGAGGCGAGAGGCGUUGAGCCAUCAGGGCCUGGAGCUUCUCCGGUUGCGCUCUCUGCAUCUCUGUUUCCAGCAAUGGAACCGAAUGGUGGAGGUCAAGGAGAAGAGCCGGGGAGCGCUACUCGAACUCCUCGCCCUGAAGCAGAGGAGGUCUUACGCCCGGUUCGCCUUCGGUCCUGGCUCUUACAUUGUCCAGCCCUGUUUGGCCUCCACAAGAUGGUCCCAAAGGAACGGAGGGGACACUCUGGACAGCCUUCUCCACGCUUUGGCCUUACAGGCGGCCUUUCAGACCUGGAGGACCAGGCAGCAAGAAGCCCAAUUGGCCGUGUGGUUUGGCCGAGACGUGGAGCGGCGCCACCUGCGGGGCUGUUGGGAGCGCUGGCGCUGGAAGGCCCUCUCUGCGAACGGGGUGGGACUGGACUCCGGGGACCGACCCCUGACCUCGCCUGACCUUUCAGAGGUGUCGCUGUCCUCCGGCUUCCACAGCGGAGGGGCUGCUCCACUCCCUUGGUUGGGAAAGGGGAGCAGCCAGGAAAGCAGCAGCCGCGCAAGCGUCUCUUCCUGGGCCGCGAUGGAAGAUUCCGGGCUCUUCCACGAUGAUUCUCCAUCUUUGGAAGAUAUCAUCAAUGCCGCCCUCGAAUGCCGGGCGACUUCUACUCGGCGGGAGAAUCGCUUCCAAACGUUGAGGUUCCUCAACCCAGGCAGUGAGGGGAAAGCCAUCUUGGCCAAUUUGAGGCAGACGAGACGCGGGGACAAUGCAACAGAGGUCAAUGCCAGAGACCCGAGUGCGAAUUUGCCACGGGCAGAACUUCUCCAGGGGCCACAAGAUCAGAGGAGAGUCCUAGCGAAAUACUUUGGACUUUGGUCAACUUCGACACAUCAGAACCAGGAGGUCUCUCACCAUCGGAGACAACUCCUGUCCCGGCCUUUUGAUGGUGACCCUGCACUGCGCAGGGCCCAGGCCUGGUUCGAGCGCACCCAGCGUCGCCGCCUCCUGUCGUCCUGCUUUGGGAAAUGGAAAGCGGCAUCCCAAAGAGCCGGACAACGAAGGCAAGAGGCGGAAAUCCAAUCCGAAGUGAAGCGGCGGUCCCUCCGGCGCUGGAGGAGGGCGGCCAGGGGCUACCGGGCCUUGCGCUUGAGCUCCGUGAAUCAGGCUGGGAACUACUGGACCCGGGCUGCCGCUUUGCGCCAAUGCCGCCGCCAAAGGAGCAGCCUCAUCGGACCCCAGAAAUUCACCAAAUUGUUCCCGACUUGGCCAUGCCGCCAACGAUGGAGCCGGGAAGAGGACUCCAACUCGUGCAGCUCUUUCCGGUUUUGGCUGACCACGUAUCGAGGCCAAAGCAGGACGCGACGGACGCAAGAAGAUACGGAUCCAUUGGGACAGAGAUGUAAACAAAGAGAGUCGAUGGCCGGGGAAAAGCAACGGCUUGGAAGGAAGUAUUUGCGCGUCUGGAGGCACGGCGUCUUCCUGCGCCAAUUGCGAGCCGCGAAGGACAGCCGGCGAAUGGUGAGAGCGUGGAUGCUCUGGAAGGAGGCUUGCAGGACGAACCUUCUCGUCAACACCUUGGCACAGCAGAGGCUGGCCGAAUGGGGCUGGACGACGUGGCGCCGGCGAUGCCUUCAGGGAUGGGUGGCCGAGCGCUUCCUGGACACCGACAACCGGCAUUUGCUCCGGAAGGCCUUUGGACGCUGGAGGCAGCUGGCAGACGCAUCUCGACACCAGGCCAACGUCCAUCGCUAGCAGAAGAACAUACAUACAUACAUACAUACAUACAUACAUACAUACAUACAUAUAUAUUUCAGGACUGUCGGUUGCAUGCCUCGUAUCCCUGUAAUCCACAGAAAAUAAAUUUGGUCCAAACCAUUGCGAGACCACUCAAACCAA